CGUAACUUCAUAGACUGUCCACUUGGAGUUGGGAGAAGAUAGAGCAGACCACACCUCACCCCGGUUUGGGACGGGAUAACACGGAACGAAACCAUAGGACCAAAGACAGCUGAAGGUGGGCCGUGUGCAGUGCUGUUCUGGAGGGGAAGGAACUGUGCCGGAGGGGGAGGAGUGAGCUGGCCCUCCUCGCUGCUGGAAAAUGCCUGCAAAGACACCCAUCUACCUGAAAACUCCCACAGACCGGAGAGGCAGGAAGCUGAAGCUCCGGGAUGUCCUGUCUGGGGACAUGAUCAGCCCGCCUCUGGGCGACGUGAGGCACAGUGCCCAUGUGGGGCUACAGGGACUGGGCGACAUGUUUGGAGACGUGGCCUUCCUUCAGGGCAACAUGGACAUGCUUCCCCCUCCCAACGGACAUAGGUCCUCCCCUCAGGCUCUCCACCCACAUCAGGGCCCCUUUAAUUUGAACUCCCAGCCUCUGUGGACAGCCACCUCUCUGCCCUUGCUCAUGGCCCAGGAGGACGCGCCGCCUAAACCCCCUCGUCUGCACCUGGACACACCACCUCAGCAUGGGCCUUCCUCCUGUCCACACCUGGAUGCACCCCCUCACCAAGAGUCCGCCCUCUGUCCACAUCUGGACACGCCCCCUCACCAGGGGUCAGCCCUCUGUGGACAAACCAACAUCUCCCUAUCGCCCACCAUACAGCGGUUGGUUCCCUCAUCUAACUCAUCAUCGGAGGACUCCUUGCUGGACACUUGCGGGCCCCUGGGGUUCCCACAGGGCCUCUCACUGGACUCAGAUGCUGGUCUCAGUAAUGAAGACCUGCGCAGUGAUGGCUCCCCUCUGCCGCCACCUAUCUCCACCACACUUCCUCACUCGGAAUCCAUGGCUGCACUGGACUUGGACCUGGGACCCUCCAUCUUGGACGACGUACUGAGAAUCAUGGACAGCUACAGGGGCCCCUCUCCAGCCCCGGGCCCCUGAGAUCUGGUCCUGAUCACACAAACACCACCAUGCCCAGAUCGUGUUCAGUGGAGGAUGAUGUGAAAGUGUUUGGUGGAGGGGAGAUGUGUAGCAUUGUUACAAAACAAUGCAAAUAGAGUUUAUUUAGUUUCAGUGCACUCUACUUUACAUAUGACAGAGAAUGUACACAGGCUUCAUCUAUGAGACCAAAUAUAGUGUAUAACACUAAUCUGUGAAUACUGUGCUCCAGAGUAGAACUCUGGAUUACUUCAACUUUGAACCCAUGUCAACCACUUAUGCCUUUAAAACUACACACAUGUAUUUUGUAUGAUGUCAAUUAGAAACAUUUAUUUAACUAGACUAUUUUAUUUUAAGCUGAAGAUUCAAGUGGAUACUGAAGAUGGAUAUAAAAGUGCAAGAGCUGCUAAGGAGAGGCACAGAGCUAAGGCCAUGUAUGCAGUAUACAGCAGGAUGUAAAACUACAUGGGGAGGAGAGUCCCAAUGUACAUGAGUCAAUAAAUGUUACAGUAUAUACUCUAUCAUCCAGGUGGGAGUCCUUUGGAGCUUCACUCUAGUGUUGUCACAAUACAAAAAUUUCAAACUCAAUUUUGUUGCUAAGGAAUAUACUCCAUAACACAAUGAUAAUUAAAACCAAUCUUUCUUUAGACAAUAGAAUGUGAUUUUCAGCAUUAGAUUGUAGCACUUUCUUUUAUAUUACCAUGUGGUCUCAUAUCUCUGUAAUCCUUCACUUGUCCAGGUAGGUUCCGUAGUGGUCCAACUAACACAACAUAUUUAGAUCACCAUGUUACCAUUUAUUGUUUUGAAAAUGCUAUAUUCACCAAAAAUAAUGUAUUAACAUGUAACAAGUUUAACUUGUUUUUGACGCUCUGAGUCCCCUCUCCCUUUGCUCCCUGCGUUAAGUUAGAGCUCUAUCACAACACAGUCAACAUGCAUCCCACUAAUGAAACUACUGCACGUUGCAUCAGGUUUGUCAAGUUGCUGUGUACAAUUUUGUAUCAUGCAUUUGUAUAUUGGAGAGAGGGUGAUGUAGGCUGGUGGGCUGAGCAUUGCACAGAAUCUAGCUAACCAUAAGGAGGGUUCGAAUAGGGCCCGGGAGAGAUCGCUAAAUACUCAAACAUGCAUGGAUGACAUCUAAAACCUCUUCAGGCAUGUUUUUGAUGAGAGAACACCAUUAUCACAUGCUAGAAAGCAAAAAAAAAUUAAAAAAUCUAUUUUGCAUAAUACCCCUCCUUUAAAAGUAUUAGACUGACAAGGCUUGGCUAAACAUUACCUCAACCACGUCGCGUACUUCUGGCAUGUCCUCGUGUGGGGCAGAUAACCUAUACUACAAUGCCACAUUUGAACCACAGCUCAGUGUCUCUCACAUGUAGCCUAUAUAGCCUAUAACCUGUUUUCAAAGUAUUUUUAUAAAGUGAUAAUAUAUGUGACCGUUACAUAUUUGGUUCAUCUAACGUCAAGAGAUACUUAGUUACAUUUUAAUGCAGGUAUUCAAUAUUCUGUAUUUUACAACAUAUUCUGAUACAUGGGAAGUCCUGUAUUCUGAAUACUUUGAAUGCUUUUAUAUCUUAGUAAAGGUGCAACAUAGCAUUAAAAACAGCUUUAUGUUU